AUGUUUGAGACCCAUUGCGAGUGUGUGGUGUGGGGCCAGGCGGGCUUCUCUCCACUGCAGCCCUUGCUGUCGCGCUGGACGCGGUUCCUGCGUGGGGACCCUCUCGCCUUGGGGGGGUCCUCUCCCGGCAGCAUGCCCGAAGAGUUUAGGUUUUUUUACUUCUCAGACCUCAGCCUGGCCCCAGGCACGGGCAUUUGCCAAAAUGUCGAAGCUGUUAAGGCAGGCCCACGCAGGUCCUGGUACUUGGACUGGACCCCUUUUCUCUCCAGCCUCAGCCCGUGGAGGUGCAAGGUUUCUGCUCUCACUUUGCUUCUGCCCCUCCAGGAUGCGCCAACUUCAGAAGAGCUGGAGCAGUUUGCCAAGGACCUCAAGCACAAGCGCAUCAUGUUGGGCUUCACGCAGGCUGAUGUGGGGCUGGCUCUCGGCACUCUCUAUGGGAAGAUGUUCAGCCAGACGACCAUCUGCCGCUUCGAAGCCCUCCAGCUCAGCUUCAAGAACAUGUGCAAGCUGAAGCCGCUACUGCAGCGCUGGCUCAACGAGGCGGAGAACACUGACAACAUGCAAGAGAUGUGCAAUGCAGAGCAAGUGUUGGCCCAAGCCCGGAAGAGAAAACGCAGGACCAGCAUCGAGACCAAUGUAAAGGGCACACUGGAGAGCUUCUUCCGCAAGUGCGUGAAGCCCAGCCCCCAGGAGAUCUCCCAGAUCGCCGAGGAUCUCAACCUGGACAAAGAUGUGGUCCGGGUCUGGUUCUGCAACCGGCGUCAGAAAGGCAAGCGGCUGCUGCUGCCCUUCGGCAACGAGGCGGAAGGGGUGAUGUACGACAUGAACCAGUCGCUGGUGCCCGCCGGCUUGCCCAUCCCAGUGACGUCCCAGGGCUACAGCCUAGCCCCAUCCCCUCCUGUCUACAUGCCGCCAUUCCACAAGGCCGAGAUGUUCCCUCAAGCUCUGCAACCCGGGCUCUCCAUGAGUAACAGCAGCCACUGAACCAGGGGCUGCAGGGGCGGUUUGGGAGCUGGAUGAAGGCGUUUCCCAGACAGUGCGGCUCAGCUGGUUCCCUGGAGGCAGCUUCCUCCCCUUGCCCUGGAAAGGCACGUGGCUCUGGUCCCAGUCCCCAGGAGCCUGGCUGGGCAGUUGGCUGUUUUCUGGCUUUUUGUGCAUGAGGGGCAGAGGAAGGGCCAGGAGCUGGGCACACAGGUGGUUCCCCACUCUCUGCAGUUGCUCCCAGCCCUUCCCAAUUAUGUGAAUUUGCUGGUCCCAGCGCUCCCUCCUCCAUCCCGUGCAUGGGCUCAGUGUCCCCUCCUACCUUCCCUGGGGGGCAGCUACUCCUUCCUCACUUUGACCUCCCUAUGCCAGAUGUGCCCGGGGUGCAGAGUGAACGCCCCGUGCCCAGAGUGCUGAGCGGAGCCGCCUUUGCCUGUUCCCAGCUGAGCUGAGCUGCUCUCCUGCAAGA